ACCCAAAAUUUCACGCCCAGUUACAAGAGAACAGAAAACUAUUUUCUCUUUCUCUCUCUUCUCUCUCUCUGAGGUCUGGUUAGAUCAUGUGGACUUAAAAAAAUUAUAUUUUCCUUCAAAGACAAAGAAAGAAAAGAAAAUUGAAAAAAAGAAGAGGAAAAAAUAAAUAAAAAAAUAAAAAACGCGGUUGCUCUUACACCAAAACCAGAGAGAGUCCCUCUCUUUCUCUCGCUCUCUCUCUCCUUGUCUCUGUGCUUAUCGAUUCCAGCUAAAGAGGUCGAACCCAAAAAACUAAUUUCCAGAGAUCCUUGUGUUUAAUUCGCUUUUUUUGUUUGGGUAAGUUGAACCGUUUUAAAAUUUUGGUUAGGUGUUUGGAUUGGUGAUCGAGUUUCUGUUGCUGAUCGAAAUUAGGGCAAAAGUCCCCCUUUCUCUUUGGUGGGUUUUAGGGAGUUGUAAAUAGUGGUUGGGAGAAACUUCUGUGCAUCGAAUAAUAGAAAAUUGCGUUUGAGACCUUGAUAAUUGGGGAGAGGUUUACUUUUUUUUUUUAAUUUAAUUUUAUUUUUUGUCGAAUGAUUUCCAUAGGGAGUAACGAUGCGAGGAAGGGGCUAGGGUUAGGGCUUGGUGGUAGAGAAAUGGAAGAGGCUGAGCUUGAAGAAGGAGAGGCUUGCUCUUAUAAUAACAAUAACGAUGAUUAUGAUGGCAUCACCGACCCCGUAAAUGAUCUAUCUUCUCUCUCUUACAUUGAUGAGAAAAUUCAGCAUGUUCUUGGACAUUUGCAAAAAGAUUUUGAAGGUGGAGUUUCUGUAGAGAAUCUGGGCGCAAAAUUUGGUGGAUAUGGAUCAUUCUUACCUACUUAUCCACGUUCUCCUGGUUGGUCACGCCUGAAGAGUCCAACAAAAGUUCAAAGCUGCAAUGCACCUGGAUCCCCAAACAAUAUGCAACUGGAGGAUGGCCGUCAUAACUCAGCAUGUUGGCCUAGUGGUUCUCAGUCACUGAGGUCUGGAACCCCUCCUACAAAUUUUGGAACUCUACCUGCUUUGAAGUUACUGUCUGCAUGUGGUUCGAUUAAACAAGAGGUCAGCUUAACAUCUACUCACGAUGAUGCGCUUGCCUCUAGGUGCGGAUUUGUAAACAAGAAAGAUACCAAUCUGCCAGACCAGAAAACAUUGAAGGUGCGAAUCAAAGUGGGUUCAGAUAACUUCUCAACACAAAAGAAUGCUGCAAUCUACAGUGGUCUUGGCCUUGACGUCUCACCAUCUUCCUCCUUAGAUGGGAGCCCUUCAGAAAGUGAAGGGAUGUAUCGAGAGACUCAAGAGCCGUUAUUUGAAUCUCCAACCAGUUUUCUUCGGCUUAUGACUUCCUUCCCAGUGCCUGGUGAGGCACUACUAUCACCUCUCCCUGAUCAUCUGCUUAACUUGACUGUAAAGGAGAAGAUUCCAAAAGAGAAUAGAUCUGAUUCUGGAAAGGGUGAUGGAAUAGUAUUGGGAGACAAGAAGGCAAGGUCAGUGGAGAAAAUGGAUUUUCCAGAAGAAAGAAAGAGUGGCAAUAACAGGGUAACAAGGAAUGAGAAUGGUCUUGUGUCAAAGACAGAAGUAGAUAUUGACACAAUGGCUUGUGAGGAGCUUGUUUCAAAAACAUUGAAGCUUCCUCUUUUAUCUAAUUCAUUUUCUGCUGUUGACAAGGUAAAAAAUAAGAGCAUAGCAAGAAACAAAGGUGUCCAUGACGCAGCCAUGGGGGAGUCCAUGGAGCCAAUACUUUCCCAAGAGAUUGGCUGGGAGAAUCAGAGGGCUGGUUCAGCUGGAAAGGUUUUGGAGGAACAGAAGACAAGCGUUCCGGAUGAUAUUUCUGGCUAUGCAAGAAAAGAUGGGUAUAAUAAAGCAGAAAAAACUUUUGAUUUUGUCAAAACCGACUCUAAUACGCGAAAAGGUGGCAAAGCUCUAAAUAGUGAACUGGUAGAUCCACUCAAGCAGAAGAUCAUUCAGAGAGCUACAUUGCAUGAGCAAGACAAUAUUAAGUUGCCUUCUGCAAAGGAGUAUACCUCUUCUGGUGGAAGAAGAAAAUCGAAAGGCAGUCAGGAUCAUGGCAGUUUAGCUGUAGAGGUACCAAAAGAGAGCUUGAGGGUUGGUUCUUCUUUGAUGCUGAAAAAUAAGCAGACUGCUCAUGUGAACAAUUAUAUAAACAAAAGGGAAUCAGGAGACCAAAAAUUAGAAAGGCCUUUUCGAAAGGCUGAAGAUAGGUAUAGAGAUUUCUUUGGAGAUGUCGGAGAAUCAGAACAGGAAGAGAACCAAACGCGUUCAUUGGAAAUUCAUUCUGAAGAUCUGCUGAAGGAAACUGAUAAGAUUGAAAAAAAUGUAUCAGCCAUUAACUUUGCACAUAAUGAUAGACUAAGUGGUAAAAAAACUGAGGAUUUAUUGGCAAAUGAAUCAUACGCUGGAGCAACUGUGGAUGGUGCUUCUAACACUGCCAAUGUGAAUGUUGCUGGAAAUUCCCUUGCAACUGCAGCCCCUGUAUUGAUAAAAGAAAAUUGGGUUUGUUGUGAUAAGUGCCAGAAGUGGCGUCUUCUUCCAAUUAGCAUAAAUCCUGCUGACUUACCCGAGAAGUGGUUAUGCAGCAUGCUUAACUGGCUGCCUGCAAUGAAUCGCUGCAGUGUUGAUGAGGAGGAAACUACUAAAGCUGUUUUCGCAUUGUAUCAAGUUCCUGCUUUAGAGAGUCAAACUAAUCUGCCAAGUAAUCCCGGCAGUAUUAUGUCCAGAUUACCCUCAGCUGAUGCCCUGCAACCUGAUCAGAACCAACGAAAUUUUGGUUCACAUGCCACACCAACUGCUGGAAGGAAGAAACAUGGUUUAAAAGAAAUAGCAAAUGCAAUGGAUAAAGGUGAACCUGGUUUACAGCAUCUAAGCAAAUGUGAUUUGCCUGUCGAGAAACACAAAAAUAAGCACAAAGAGAAGCAAAAAGUGUCGGAACACAGUUCUGAUGGAGGAGAUGCCAAAACUUCAAAGAUGAAGGGCAAAAGGAUCACUGAUCAAGAUUCUUUAAGGGCCUCCAAGAGAAUUAAAGCUGAAAGUUUGCAUCUUGCUGACGAAGAUUGGAUGUUUAAGCAUGCUGGUAAGGGUGGGCCUAGUGCAAGUAAUUGUUUGCCUACCACAUCUGUAGGAAAGGAUCAACCUAAACACAGUGAACAUUCUUCUUAUAAGGAUUUGAAGUUAGAUAAGGACAGGCAAUGGGUCUCUGGUAAAAGACCAAAGAACAAAGUUCAGGUUUCCUUAACUAAUGGAUCACUAGAUCUGGUGAAUUGUGAUGGUGGCGAAGUUUCAAUAAAGAGGAAAGUUGAUGAAUGUAUUGAUAGUCAAUUAUAUACAGGAUCCCUCCAAAGUAUGGGUAAUCACCUACAGGAUAGCAGAGUGUUUGUGAAGGAAGAGUUCAGCGAGAAUGACUACAGGAGGGAAAAGAAGGCUAGGGUAUCUAAGUCUGGGGGGAAGGAUUCCUCUGCAAGGAAAAGCAGUGGCAAACAGGAGAAGAAAAAUAGACAUACAAAGGAUCACCGAAGUGGGCAAGAUCGAGGUAGCACUCUGUCCCCACGGAGCUUGGAUGGUAUGGAUUCAUUGAAAAGGGAUUUUGGAUCUGCCCAACCUUCUUUAGCAGCUACCUCAAGCUCAUCUAAGGUUUCUGGUUCACGUAAAUCAAAAUCUGAUUCACAUAAAUCAAAACCUGGCUUCCAUGAAAUAAAAGGCUCACCAGUAGAAUCAGUUUCAUCAUCUCCUAUGAGAAUUGCUAAGCCAGAUAAACUUCCAUCUACGAGGAGGAAUGUUGCAGGGAAAGAUGAGUCUCAUGAUGCUGGUCUUUUUGUUGCAAGUAGUCCAAGAAGAGGCUCAGAUGGUGAAAAUAAUGGUAGGAGUGACAGGUCAGGGAUGGUAAAGGAAAAGACUUCUGUUACAGCUCAACAUGGGUCCCUUGAGUCCUCUGUAUUUGAUGUUCAGGAUAAGGAUGGUGGUCAAGUAGGUGGUAGUAAAGCUAAGACGCUUAUUGAGUCUUCUCCUGAUAUCCAAAAAGGCCAGUUUAUGAAUGGUGUUGUUGAUUAUUUAGGCCAAGAGGUUCACUGUGCUGGUAAAUCAACAAAAAUGGAUGAACCCUGUGAUGAAAAAAACCAGAAUGACAACCAUGGCAGUGCCAAUUUCUCUCAGCCAAGGAAGUCAGGUAAGGGAUCCUCAUGGUCAAAGGAUAGGAGUCGUAAUUUUAAAUCUGAUUCUGUUGAUGAACAGCAAGAACGUGUGCCUUUCUAUGAGGUAAAACAUAGGGAUGGUAUAAAUAAAAUUCAGGAGAGGCUUGGAGUCAAGUCUGAUGAAAGUGAGAAUAGAUUUGUUGAUGAUAAAGAAUCUCUUGGGAAAUUGUCCGGUGAGACUAGUAAAAGAGAAAAUCAAUCAAAUGUUGGUCCUUCAGAUGCUAAACCAGAUGCCACUGGAGGUCAAGAUGUAAUGUCUGCUGUGAAGCAGAAUAUUAUGCAGGACAGCAAUGGUGAAAAAUAUACCAAGAGGUUCCACUCUGACAAAUCAGAUCACGCAGAAAUUGCUUCUGGGAGUGGGAACUCAAUAUCAUUACCACCCUCUGGAGGAACCCCAAAUGAGAUGCUGUCUUGUUUCCCCCGGCCAGUUUCUGGGUCCCAAAAGGGAAAUGGAGCUGAUGGAUCUCAAGGUAGUGAUGCAUUGAAGGUACAAAAACAAAUAAAAAAGGCUGAUCAUCAAAAUGGGACUCAGCACUGUAAUUCAAGGCAUAUUACAUCAGGUGGAUGUAGGAUCAGGGAUGUUGAUGCCCCAAGUCCAAUGAGAAAGGAAUCCUCAAAUCAGGCAGCUACCAAUGCUUUGAAGGAGGCUAAAGAUUUAAAGCAUCUGGCUGAUCGUGUUAAGAACUCUGGAUCAAAUGGGGAGAGCACUGCCUUCUACUUCCAAGCAGCACUGAAGUUUCUUCAUAGCGCUUCUCUAGUAGAAUCUUGCAACAGUGAGAGUACCAAACAUGGAGAGAUGAUUCAGUCUGUGCAAAUAUAUAGUAGCACUGCAAAACUUUGCGAGUUUUGUGCCCAUGAAUAUGAGAGACUAAAGGACAUGGCCGCUGCUUCUUUGGCCUACAAGUGUAUGGAGGUGGCAUAUAUGAGAGUCAUCUAUUCCUCUCAUGCCAAUGCAAGUAGAGAUCGACAUGAGUUGCAGACAACUUUACAAAUGGUUCCUCCUGGUGAGUCUCCUUCUUCUUCUGCCUCUGAUGUUGAUAAUUUAAGCCACCCAACAACAGCAGACAAGGUUGUUUUUCCAAAAGGUGUUAACUCUCCCCAGGUUGCCGGAAAUCAUGUUAUUUCUGCUCGAAACCGUCCUAACUUUGUGCGCUUGCUCAAUUUUGCACAGGAUGUAAAUUAUGCUAUUGAAGCUUCAAGGAAAUCACGAAUUGCUUUUGGAGUUGCUAAUUCAAGUUUGGGAGGGGCUGAAAAUGGGGAGGUUAUAUCUUCUGUGAAAAAAGCUCUUGAUUUUAACUUCCAAGACGUAGAGGGACUGUUACACUUGACCUCUUUAGGAAAUACAGUGAUAUACAGCAGCAUGUGCUUGCUCUUUUGCCAUAGGGACUGCUGUUUUCUCAUUUCAAGCACCAUGAAGCAAAUCACUAUAGUUGGCUUUCUCAGGUCAGCUGCUGUAGUACCUGUCAUGGUAUAUACUUAUGAUUAAUCAAGAUGAGUUGAAAGAAUACAGGCCAAAAAUAUUUGGUGCAAAAUCACCGUGGUAGAGAUCCAAACAAGGUUGCAGAAAUUCCUUUUUUUCUUCCCUUAAAAGUAAAUAUUUAUGUAUCAUAAACAUAUCUUUGAGUGGUUCUCAAUUUGGAAUGUGGCAAGUGCUAUUGUCCUCAAGUUGGCCAUCUUGUUGCUGAUAGGAGGGGCAAACAGUUUUAAUAACUCUCAUUAGUGGACUAAAGAAGUUCUCGCAAGUAAUCGCUACAGGAGUCUAUAAAAUAUGCUGAUAAUUGGCCUUUCUUCAAGGAGGCCUGAUGAUGCUGGCUGCAAGUGAGGUACCUCAAUGGAGUUUGAGCUGUAGCUUAACUCCAACCACCAUGGGCAUAGUGGUUGAAUAAUUUGGGCAGCUGCAUGAACAGCGACGCUGUCUAAGGAUCGAUGGCGAAAUUGCUCCUUGUCCGCCCUCCUUUCAACCCCUAAAUAUCUCUGUUGCUAAUCUAUAGGUAACAUUUAUAGGACAAUUUUGACCCUUACUUUUAAAUCAUUAUUGCUCUUCUUCUCCGAAUGUACAUAGGCAUAGGCAUAACAAUGACAUUUAUUAUUCGAAGUCUCUUCAUCAAUAAAAUUGGAGCCGCUUUUGGUUAUGUA